UCCGGACGAGAGGAGGAGAAGGAGGGGGGAGUCCCGGAACAAAGCCCGAAUCUUUCUCCCAUCCAUCCCUCCCUUUUGUUCCUCCGCAGAUCCGGGCAGCGCAGCCAUGGCCGGGGCAACAAUGAGGCAGCAGCGGCCGGACCGGGAGGCGAGCUGCAAGGCCACGGAGGACCGCCGUGGCCCGGACUCCUUCGACGCCGCCAAGCCACCGCCGUUCCGCAUCGGCGACGUGCGCGCCGCCGUGCCGCCGCACUGCUGGCGGAAGAGCCCCCUCAGGUCCCUCUCCUACGUCGCCCGCGACGUCGCCGUCGUGGCGGCGCUCGCCGCCGCCGCCGCCGGGGGAAUCCGCGGCUGGUCGCUCCUCUGGCCGCUCUACUGGGCCGUCCAGGGCACCAUGUUCUGGGCUCUCUUCGUCCUCGGCCAUGACUGUGGCCACGGGAGCUUCUCCGACAGCGCGACGCUCAACAGCGUGGUCGGCCACAUCCUCCACACCUUCAUCCUCGUCCCCUACAAUGGCUGGAGGAUCAGCCACAGGACGCACCAUCAGAACCAUGGCCACAUCGAAAAGGACGAAUCAUGGCACCCGAUCACCGAGAAGCUGUACCAGAAACUGGAACCACGGACCAAGAAACUACGCUUCUCAUUACCGUUCCCGUUGCUGGCUUUCCCUGUCUACCUUUGGUACAGAAGCCCAGGGAAGAACGGCUCACACUUCCUUCCGAGCAGCGACCUGUUUAGCCCCAAGGAGAGGCGGGACGUGAUCAUCUCCACCACCUGCUGGUUCACAAUGAUUGCGCUGCUUAUCGGCAUGGCGUGUGUGUUUGGCCCGGUCCCGGUGCUCAAGCUGUACGGGGUUCCAUAUGUUGUGUUUGUGAUGUGGCUUGAUUUGGUGACGUAUCUUCACCACCAUGGUCAUCAGGACCUCCCUUGGUACCGUGGAGAGGAAUGGAGCUACCUCCGUGGUGGUCUGACGACCGUGGACCAGGACUACGGGUGGAUCAACAACAUCCACCAUGACAUUGGCACCCAUGUCAUCCACCACCUCUUCCCCCAAAUACCUCACUACCAUCUAGUAGAAGCAACAAAGGCAGCAAGGCCAGUGCUUGGUAGAUAUUACCGGGAGCCAGUGAAGUCGGGUCCGCUUCCAGUUCACCUUGUCAACACCCUCCUCAGGAGCUUGAGAGUUGAUCACUUUGUCAGUGAUGUUGGGGAUGUUGUCUUCUACCAAACUGACCCCAGCUUGGCUGGCGACGACAACGGGUCAGGAAUCGACAAGCGCAAGUGAUGAAAGAUUGAAACUGAAGUUACUACUGUUCAAGGAAGAAUGCCUGAUAGAUAUAGAGAGAUAUCAUAGCCUGCUGAGAAUAAGCAGAAAGGGCCUCCUGCUGAAAUCAAAGCAAGAAGCUCUGCAGCGGACAAGAUGCGAUGAUUGGUUGGUUCAUCACGAGAUUCAGAGAUCAUUGAUUAGAAGUUAGCAUUCUCCAAUUGUGGUUGUAACUAGCAGAUGUUGUUUCAAUUUUUUACCAAGUUUUGAAUGUGGAACUGUACCUGUAACAAAUUAAUUAAUUAUCCAAAUUGAUACUAUUCUGGAAGGAA